AGAAAUAUUUUCGGAGAGGAUGUCUUCAUCACCGUAGUUAUAACGCGUUUGAUCCGAUAGACUACCAGUGUCGUGUCACAUCUUCCUGUUCACGACCAUGAAGCGGCGUUCUUCUUCGCCGAACAAGGUUACGGGUACCACCAACCCAUCUUUUACACAAAAGGACAUCUUCGAGCUGCUUUCAGGUACUUCUUGAAAAGGGCUCGCUGCAGCUGCUAAAAGAUGUCCACAAAGAUGGGUAGAAGUUCGGGGUACCUCUAAGAAGGGGGGCGGCGUACUAGAGGCGGGCCUCAUCUUCCCGGCAGAAGAAGAUGCUACAGAAGAAGAUACUACGAGUACUGACGAAGGGAAAGAUAUGAAGCCAGAAUCUAUUAUCAUUCUCACACUGAAUGGUUCUGGUAUUUGGUAACCUGAUCGGGAGCAUAAGGAAAACAAGAGGAGAGUCCUUGUGAUCAAAUUCAGGCUACCAAAUACGAGAACCAUACCCACACUCGUCUACUUGGGAAACUUGAUAAUGAUAAUAGAUUUUCGCAGCUUCAUGAUAGAAGACUCACUCAGCUCGUCAUCCGCAGACUCCUCAAAUGCAAAUCGAAACGGAACGAUAGGAACAAGGCACAACCACAACCACCUUGGACAUCCACGUCAAGCAGGUGCCGCGAGAACAACAUCAGCUACUUCCACAGUUGUAAAUAGUAAAAGUUCUUCUGGUACUGGUUCACGCAGUAAUGUAAUACGUCGGCCGGCGCAUGAUCUUCAACAAAAUUUCGAACGGAAGCAUAACGAUGCAGUCAAGAAAAGCGACAAUUCCACUUCUGGCAAGUUUUAAGGCAACCGCUGAAGCACCCCCUUAGAUCACUAUGAUCCUUGGUUCGUUGGAACCUUUGGAAAAUUCGAAAAAAAGCAAGGGUAAUUACAGAUGAAAGACAAACAAUGUCAAUGUCAUGUUCUUUACAGCAAUUUAUCACAGAUGACACACAACAAGUGAGGAAAAAGAAGAACCCAGCAGGGACAUUAUGACUCUCUUCAAGAAAGAUGAUGCGAAGAAUGAUCCUGAGAGCGCGGUACCAAGCUCUAAAAGUUGUUUCCUUGGUAUACAGUACCAUUGCGCGGUGGCUGGUACCAAUUUUGUAGCAUAACCAUCAUCUUCUUCAACAAAUGGAUUCUGCAUCGGUUUCCGUAUCCGGUGGAAUUGACGUUAUGGAACAACUUCUACUAUUACGUAGAUAGUACUAGGGUUUUAGGGUUAGGUGGGUUUAGGGUUUGGGUUUAGGGUUGGGUUUAGGGUUUGGGUUUAGGGUUGGGUUUAGGGUUGGGUUUAGGGUUGGGUUUAGGGUUGGGUUUAGGGUUGGGUUUAGGGUUGGGUUUAGGGUUGGGUUUAGGGUUAGGGUUUUAGGGUUAGGUGGGUUUAGGGUUGUGUCGAAGAUGAAGAAGUGGACUCGAUUCUUAAAUCCUAUCCACUCGCCGGGACGUCGAGGAUCCUCAUGCCUACAUCUGCCGAAGUAGUAAGUGCCAUAUAAUCCACCACUUUCGGAUCAACCACCACAUCAACCACCACAUCAAGCUUAAUGUACCUCCACAUCAACCACCACAUCAAGCUUAAUGUACCUCCACAUCAACCACCACAUCAAGCUUAAUGUACCACCACAUCAACCACCACGUCAAGCACCUCCUUUCAAAUCUUUCUAAUGUCCAUGCUGGGUUCCGCCAUCCAGUUUUUCGUGUGCUGUUCUACAUUCUUUUAAGGCUACCGCUGAAGCAUCCUCAGCGUUUUCAGUGCUUCUUUUUCUACUUGAAAAAGAAGCACCUUGCAAGGAUAUUAUGACUCUACUCACGGAAGGAGAUGCGAACGCGGUGGCUCUAAUUUUUCCUAUCUUCCGGUUACCUCUUUAUGCGAAUGAUGUUUAUUCCAUCCUUUUUACGACCAUCGAGGCUCCCCCAAAGGCUCCUAAAUACGCUUCGAAGGGGACGAAGAGGGUAGCCGCCCCCGCGAUGGUCUGCGUAGAUGGAAUAGCCGCCAUCCAUACUCUUUUCCUGGGGAAGUGGGCGGGAUGAGCCUUUAGCUGCAUCAGAGGAGCCAUCGGGCCCAGAGGAUAGUGUGGAAGAUGAAGAAGUGGAGUCGAAACUACAACUGCUCUUAAGGCUCCUACUGCUCUAGUACUUCUAGAUGCUGCAUUUCUUGUUGCAAUGAAUUCUAAUCGAUCCUCCAAUAAGCCAUAAUAUCAAUCCGUACUUGAUGAUUUUUCUAUGUUUCUCCGGUCGAACCUGAUAGAUAACCUUUUCUUUUUCCAUAUUUCCCCGGUCUUUGUAUUUUCUAGUUAGGUCUGCGUGCUCCACCACACAUAUCAAUCCGUGCGAUCAUCCUUCACGCCAAUCCUAAUCGGUCGUUGGCAUUUUUUUGAGUACAAACUGACAAAGACAAAGUUGUAGCUAUUAACAGGGAUCCUCGAUGCUGUUGCUGGCGGGAAUGCGACUGCGAUGGUGGUAGCUCUAACACUCGGAGAUGGCAAAGAAGGCAAAGGAGAUGAGGAUCCUUUGGUGGAACAAGCAAGAUCCGCGUCAUACUUUCCUUGGGUGACGACGCAGAUUUUAGGAGGUCCGCAGGCGAUGGAGCAUCGCCACUACGGAGAGAUUGGCAAACGCUUGGUGGGUCUUGGGGUUUUCUUAUGUUCUGGAUGGAGUGUGGACAUAUCUUUCCGACAAUGACAUAAGAGGUGAGUAGAGGCUUUUUUUAGCACAUCGGGAGUUUGUCUUUAUACUUUCAAAUGAUAAUACUUCGGAAUCAAAGUAGAUUGAGGAUGAAAAGCUCGAUUGAUGCAUCUGCGAUCACAUGAGAGAGCACCUCUUCAUCCACCUUCACAAUAUAUUUCUAAUCUUCUUCUGCAUCACAGUGAUUCUAUCAAACUCCGCUUACGCCUUUCUGCCCGUCGGCUUUAUCCAGAUCAUGAAGCCGACUUGCUGUAUCAUAGGUUAUCCGAUGUCAGUUUUCCUCUUUCCGAGCUCUGGGGAAGACAGGUGGAACCCACACGUCGCACGCAUUCUCUGCGCUAUCAUCUGCUCUUUUCUUUUAUGGCGUAGCCAGUGUUUGUGGUCGUGGUCGUGCUAAGUAAUGAGAAUGAGCUGUGAGACAUCAGAACUACCAACACUGCAUUACGACACAGACGGACUCACGAGGACGUGGAAGUAGAUACAACCGCAGCGACUCACUAUAAUUGUUCUUGAAUGCAUGAUCUACCUAUUAGGACGUUCUCGGAUUUUUAUGAGUAUAGAGUUGGAGGGAGCAACUGUUUAUAUAUAGGUAUCAUCCGCAACUGUUUAAGUAUCUGAAUUUCGUGCUUGUGAUUUAUAUUUGUAGCGAGCGAGCUUGUCUAAGACUCCUCGUUGUAGUCUCCGCAGAUUUCGAUAUGAUGGUGCAGAACAGUGGUCAAGUCGGCAAAGCGUGGAUCCUCGGUUUCGCGCCAAGUUUUGGCAACACUGGGUUAUGAUUUCAUUUUGUCGGAAGACAUGAUGUUCAUGAAGCUAAGAGGUGGACAGAGAAGGUGUAAGUGAUUUUCUUACUUACUUGGUUGUACUUCUUGGAGACAAGUGUGUUCGUGUUGGGACAUCAUCGUGGUCCUGGUCUAACUGUAUCUAUCAAAUGGAGGACUGAAAAAGUGUAUCCUGUAGAUCAUGUAGAUCAUCAUCCCUACAGAAGACCUGCUCAAUCACUACAGAAGACCUGCUACUUCCUUCUAACCCCAGCAUUGAUCACUGCUGCAGUUCUGACUGCUGGGUUCGUGGUCCAAAUGGCGUCGCAGAUGUCUCAAGUCCUAGCUAUUUUCAUGCAGAAGUCACUAGUGCAAGGAGCCAAAGCACGAGAAACAAGUGACGACUUGGACGCAGCUAAGAAACAGACGAUGGACAAGAAUUCUAUUCUUUAUGGCUUGGUUAGAAAAAUGAAAAGUUUCGAGAUUGGAUUUUUGCUGGAAGUAACACCCCUUCUCCAUGGACAGAUUAAAAAAGCUUUUCCCGCAGAUUUUCCGCUGUCGAGAAGAUGGAUUUAAAUACAUUUACCUUUUUUUACAAGAAGAACGAACAAGAGUAUUAAAGUUGUACGUUUACUUUUUUACAAGGAAGAAGAACCUACCAACUGAACAUACAACAGAAGUAAAGUUCAAGUUCUAAAUCUUCCUGCUCAGCCAACCGAGCGCCUUAGUGCUUUUGACCGCGAUAUCCUAUGGAAUGCACUCGAGUGCGUUAUUGUUGCCUGACAGCGGAAUGCUGCACCCACAGACGGACUUUCGAGGCUUCCUAGAUUACAGUACGAAGGCUCAUGAGGAAAACACCCUUACCAUGUUGACUCGAACCCAGAACCGAUUAGACCUUUACCAUUCGCCGUACUCGCUGUUGUUUUUUCUACUUUAUGAAAUUAUAGGAGUUAUCAGCGCCAGCAUAUAAUCUGUAGGUGUGUAGUUUCGCUGCCCUUUUUUUUCACUUUAAGUAUGCUUCCUUGCAGCAAGGUUCCACUGCUCGUGGUUUCCACUGCUCGUGGUUUGUCAACUCAUACGCAAUUCAAAAAUUCGAGUUCCUCUCUUCUUAGUUCACUUAAGUUGAGGGGCUAGCUUGGCUUCAUUCACUCGUCAACAAGAUGAAUAUUUUUAUGAUUGUCAUGAUUAGUUGUGGGCCCCCACUUCUAAAUAGUACUAUUCCCCCACUUCUAAGAAUUCCUGGGUAACGCACUACUGGGGUUGAUUUUGCAGCAUUCCGUUCUAGCACUUCUAGAGUGCUCUUCUCCUCUGACGUACUUCGUGUUGGGCGUGAUGAAGGACGUCUUCGUUGUGCAGUUGUCAGCGUUUUUUCUAGCGGAGACGCUGAAUACUAUGCAAAUCGUCGGUUUCGUAUGCGUGAUCGUUUCGUUCAGCGCCUACACCUUCAUCCGAGAGACGCAGAACACGUAUUUUCACGCGGACAAUUAAGGCUUGCUGUCUCUUUAAUCGUGUACUACCUAGGUUCGUUUGAAAUGCCUUGAGUGAGAAGCAUCUAAUUUGAUACCUUGCCGUCUCAAGAAUCGGUUAGGUUUGAAAGACCUUGAGUGAGGAGAAGCAUCUGGUUAGUAUCCUGGAAGGUUUUUUUAUCAGGGAAACGGAAAGUGAGUGUAAGUAUGACUACCAAGAAGAUGCUCCCUCUCUAGGAUGAAGCAAAGUAGGUAUAAUUUGAAUUCCAUCUAAGACAAGGAAAGCUUCUCAGGUUGUGUCAAGGAUGCGCUUCUGGGGUCGGCGCCGAGAGUUGCAGAUUUUCUCGGUCUCGUAGAGGAAGUGAAGUUUCUGCCGCACGAUGACGUGAAAGGGGGGAAGAGCCAUGCAGUCGACACAAGUAAACACCAUUUAGUCGACAACAAGACGAGCCAAAAUGAGAAGGCGUCCGUGCCACCAGUGUCAUCGGGAUCAUCUAAGGCUACUUAUCAUGUAUACUAAGACUGCUUGAAGAUAUAAGCAUUUUACUACCCAAUUUUCGACUUCCACUUCACUAUCCACCGACUCUGUUGACAUCCAUGUAAAGACUGUGUGUCAGAGCUCUGCAGUCUGAGUCUUGUAACCAACGGCCUCCUCUGCAUACUUCUAAUCUCUCAAGAACUGUGACGAAUGCAACCACAUCAAGCAGUUGUACCAAAAUCCGCAUGGAAAUCAUGGAUAGCAACACGAAUGCGUCUGCGAUCCGUCAAAGGUUGUGGACCGUUUUAGUGCCGUUGUUUUUAAGGCGUAGGUGCUUGAGAAGAUUAGAAUGAAACUAACACUCUGACUAAUAGCAAUUAUACGGAUCCAGACACAUCAAGGGAAGUGUGGACCAAGGUAGUUGUAAAAACACAUCAAGUGAAGUGGGAGCCAAGGUUGUUGCCAAUGUCUUCGAGUACUACUUCUAUUUCGCGGAGAUUAACUAGGGUGAGGAAAUCUUCGGCAGAUUGAGGAACAGACCCACAUUAUCAAGUAGAAUAUAUAAGAAAUGAGGUGAAAUUAUGGAAAGAAGAGAGUGUGAUGGCUAGAAUUUAGAAGGCCGCCGCGCGUAUGGCCGCGCGCGACAACUCUAAGAUUGCUCAUGUCUGGCCUCGCGCUCUUCAUGGUAGUCGACAUUUACGCACGCAGACUUUACGCCCCAGAAAUUGAAGGAGCUGCCCAGCGGUCGGAGAAGCUAUUACGACGACAAAUUCUUUGAAAACCGCAUUCUGUUCUGGUUCAUCUUGUCUAAGUUUAAGGUGUGCCCACUGCCCGCUGAGUUCUUUGCGCACAAGAAAGCAGGAACAUCUUCUGACUUCUUUCUUUCUAAUUCUAAUUUUCCCACAGCAACGAAAAGCAGCAGUUUUGACUCGCGAGGAUUUGGAGGCAGAGGAGGCCCUUGAGGCCUUUGGCCCAAGUGCUCUUGCAACUGCUGGAGUAGCGCUGCCGAGUGACGAGUCUACAACUAGUCUCGUGGAUCUUGGUUCAGGUGGACUUCGUGGUAGUAUUAAGGUUUUGGUUUCAGAAAAUAGAGAGAGUGGUCAUUCCUGUGUGUUGUUCACUAAUAUCGUUCGAAAAGAACAUGUUUGAUAAGAUAUGUAUUCAUACCGUGGGAUAUAGAUAUGUCUUCAUACCGUGGGACGGAUAGUCGCCAGAGAGGAAGACGUUGAAUUAUUAGUCCCUGUCAGCAUAAGACUCAGACUCUUCAACUUCGAGAUUGCACUAUAUUUCCUAAUAUUAUAACGUCUACAUGCGCAUUACUGUCGUGGAAAGCUCUAAUGUCCUCGUCGGAGGCGCAGCAAAGCCGAGUAAACUUGGACUCAUCUCCACAGGAACGGAAGGCAGGACGGACGUAGAGCCUGCGAAGCAUGCUGCGAAGACCUCUGUGAAAGUGAAUCAUAGACAUGGAUAUCAUAGCAAAAGAGACUUUUCUGUUUUUACGGGUAGUACUUCUUCUUUCGCACAACGAAGCGAGAACAAGAUAUCAGCGCAGCAACAAGUAGAACGAAGGGGAGGCAACAAUACAUCAUCUACAUCUUCUUUUCAAGCAGUUGUAGGAGCGGAACAACAACAAGACGGCAAGCGUGUUUUUUGUUUUGUUUGGAGUUUGCUCAACAACGCGGCUGAGCGUAGAAGGUAUGAAUACACCCGAACCGAACUGGCGAACGUCUGCGACGGGCACAUCUUCUUCUCACCAGCACACGUGCCAGGACUGUCAUUAUGGAUUCUGCAACUUGACAGAUGGCUUCAAAAUCAAGCACAUUAAUUAUCGUGCAUAUAUUUAUAACUCCCCAGGACAUUAUCGAGAGGUGCGCCCCGGGUAGGAGGCGGAAAGAGGGAACCAUCGUGCGGGGCGGCGGUGGCGCAAACGCCACCGGGCUCCCCGGUUGAAAGUAACGCGAAAGCGCCCGGGCUGUUGCUUGUGUGUUGGUGUUCGGUUCUUGUGUAUCUACGUCUAGCCCGUUCAGAAUGAUCCCGAGCACCGCCCAAACGCCUGGCGGCUAUUUCUACGGUCACACGGGUGCCGUGGGUGUUCUACCGCUUUCAGCUGUUUGCCGUUUGUUGGUUGUCGUGGUUUUCGUGCUUACCUUGUCCAGAAUGAUCCGGAGCACUACCCAAACGCCUGACGGGUUUACCGUUGCGCGGGUGGGUCUGGUUUUCCAAACUUCUCGGCCGUCGCUUAGUUGCUUGGCCGUCUGCUUUUUUGUAUGUUGUUCAGAGUUCAGCUCUGACCUUGCUUUCAGCUUCGAGCUUUCAAGCGGCUCUCUCUGGGCUUUCGAUUCAGCUCCGAGCUUUCAGCCUUGGCCCCUCGGCUUUGGGCCUUCAGCUUUGGGCUGUCAGGUGUGGGCUUUCAGCUUGACACUUUAAGGCCCAGGGCUAACCAAUUCCCAUGCCUCUUUCAAUUUUUUCAGUUUGUUCAUUCAGGCUCUGGGGGCUUUGGCUUUAUAUUAUCGCGUAGGUUUUGAAUGGAUUUAGUGCCCAUCUGCGUGAAGUCAGGGCUAACCCCUUCCCGCGCCUUUCUUUCUUUCAAUUUUUUGGCUUCGAAUUCUAGAGCUAUAAGCUUCGGCGCUAUCGCGAAGGUUUUAAUUUAACUUUCUUUCACACGCAUCUGCGUGGGGUCAGGCCUAACCAAUUCCCAAGCCUCGCGCGCAGGCUCAUAAGCUUGCAAGCCCAUAGGCUGUCCAUAAGUGCCGGCGCCGAUACUGGUGGCGAUGGGGGUGGAGGUGAUGCAGGUCCGCCGAUCGGGUGGGGGGGGGUGCGUAGGCUCCUAAGUUCACAGGAAAAGUUGGGGAGAGUUGGGAAGGGUCGGGAAAAGUUGGGGAGGGAGAGCUGGGAAAAGUUGGGAAGAGCCGGGAGAAGCUGGAAAAAGUUGGAAAAAGCUGGAAAAAGCUGGAGAAAGUUGGAAAAAGUUGGAAAAAGCUGGGAAAAGUUGAGAAAAGUGGGGGAAAGCUGGAAGAAGUUGAGGAAAGCUGGGAGAAGCUGGGGAAAGCUCAGCGGUAAGAAGUUAGGGGAAGCUGGAAGAAACUUGAAAAGUUCGGGAAAAGCUGGGAAGAGUUGGGGAGAGUUGGGAAAAGCUGGGAGAAGUUGGGAAGAGUCGGGAAAAGUCGGGAAGAGUUGGAAAAAGUUGGAAAAAGCUGGGAAAAGAUGGGAAAAGAUGGAAGAAGUUGGAAAGAGCUGGGAAAAGUUGGGGAAAGUUGGAAAAAGCUGGGACAAGUUGGGAAAAGUUCGGGAAAGCCGUAAGAAGACUAGGGAAAGCCGUAGGAAGACUGGGGAAAGCUGGAAGAAGUUAGGGAAAGCUGGAAGAAGCUACAGAAAGCUGGAAGAAGCUAAAGAAAGCUGGGGAGAGCUUGAGAAGCUGGGGAAAGUUGGGAAAAGCUGGGAGAAGUUGGGAAGAGUUCGAGAGAGUUGGGAAGAGUCGGGAAAAGUUGGGAAAAGUUCGGGAAGAGCUGGGAAAAGUUGGGAAGAGUCGGGAAAAGUUGGGAAAAGCUGGAAAAAGCUGGAAAAAGCUGGAAAAAGCUGGAAAAAGUUGGGAAAAGUUGGAAAAAGCUGGGAAAAGUUGGGAAAAGUGGGGGAAAGCUGGAAGAAGUUGAGGGAAGCGGGAAGAAGCUGGGGAAGGCUCAGCGGUAAGAAGUUAGGGAACGCUGGCAGAAGCUUGAAAAGUUCGGAAAACCUGGGAAAAGUUCGGGAAAGUUGGGGAAAGCUGGGAAGAGUUGGGAAAAGCUGGGAGAAGUUGGGAAGAGCUGGGAAGAGUUGGGAAGAGUUGGGAAGAGCUGGGAAGAGUUGGGGAGAGUUGGGAAGAGUUGGGAAGAGUUGGGAAGAGUCGGGAAAAGUCGGGAAAAGUCGGGAGAAGUCGGGAAAAGUUGGAAAAAGCUGGAAAAAGUUGGAAAAAGUUGGAAAGAGCUGGAAAAAGUUGGAGAGAGUUGGGAGAAGUUGGAAAAAGCUGGGAAAAGUUGGGAAAAGUCGGGAGAAGUCGGAAAAAGUUGGAAAAAUUUGGAAGAAGCUGGAAAAAGUUGGAAAGAGUUGGGAAAAGUUGGGAAAAGUUCGGGAAAGCCGUAAGAAGACUAGGGAAAGCCGUAGGAAGACUGGGGAAAGGUGGAAGAAGUUAAAGAAAGCUGGGAAGAGCUUGAAAAGCUGGGGAAAGUUGGGAAAAGCCGGGAGAAGUUGGGAAAAGCCGGGAAAAGCUGGGAAAAGUUGGGAAGAGCUGGGGAGAGUUGGGAAGAGUUGGGAAGAGUUGGGGAGAGCUGGGGAGAGUUGGGAAGAGUUGGGAAGAGUCGGGAAAAGUUGGGAAAUGUUGGAAAAAGUUGGAGGAAGCUGGAAAAAGGUGGGAAAAGUUGGAAAAAGCUGGAAAAAGUUGGAAAAAGUUGGAAAAAGCUGGAAAAAGCUGGAAAAAGUUGGGAAAAGUUGGAAAAAGUUGGAAGAAGGUGGAAAUAGUUGGGAAAAUUGGGGGAAAGCUGGGAAGUUGGGGAAAGCCGGGAGGAGUUGGGGGAAACUGGAAGAAGCUGGGGAAAGCUGUAAGAAGUUAGGGAAAGCGGGAAGGAACUUGAAAAGCUUGCAAGAGCUGGGAAAAGUUCGGAGAAGCUGGGAGAAGUUGGGAAAUGUUGGGAAGAGUUGGGAAAAGUUGGGAAAAGCUGGGAAAAGUUGGGAAAAGCUGGAUAAAGUUGGACAAAGGUGGAAAAAGUUGGGAAAAGUUGGGAAAAUUGGGGGAAAGCAGGGAGGAGUUAAGGAAGGCCGGAAGGAGUUGGGGAAAGCUGUAAGGAGCUGGGGAAAGCUGUGAGAAGUUAGGGAGAGCUGGGAGAAACUUGAAAAGUUAGGAAAAGUUGGGAAAAGCUCGGAAAAGUUGGGAGAAGCUGGGAAAAGUUGGAAAAGUUCGGAGAAGCUGGGAAGAGUUGGGAAAAGCUGGGAGAAGUUGGGAAGAGCUGGGAAGAGUUGGGGAGAGCUGGGAAGAGUUGGGAAGAGUUGGGAAGAGUUGGGAAAAGCUGGGAAAAGUUGGGAAAAGUUGGGAGAAGCUGGGAGAAGCUGGGAAAAGUUGGGAAAAGUUGGGAGAAGUUGAGAAAAGCUGGGAAAAGCUGGGAAAAGUUGGGAGAAGCUGGGAAAAGUUGGGAAGAGCUGGGGAGAGCUGGGAAAAGUAGGGAAAAGCCCGGAAGAGUUGGGAAGAGUUCGAGAGAGCUGGGGAGAGCUGGGAAGAGUCGGGAAAAGUCGGGAGAAGUCGGGAAAAGUUGGAAAAAGUUGGGAAAAGUUCGGGAAAGCCGUAAGAAGACUAGGGAAAGCCGUAAGAAGACUGGGGAAAGCUGGAAGAAGUUAGGGAAAGCGGGAAGAAGUUAAAGGAAGCUGGAAGAAACUGGAAGAGCUAGGAGGAGCUGGGGAAAGUUGGGAAGAGUUGGGAAAAGCUGGGGAGAGAGAGCUGGGAAAAGUUGGGAAGAGUCGGGAAAAAGUUGGGAAAAGUUGGAAAAAGCUGGGAAAAGUGGGGGGAAGCUGGAAGAAGUUAAGGGAAGCUGGAAGGAGCUGGGGAAAGCUCAGCGGUGAGAAGUUAGGGAAAGCUGGAAGAAGUUAGGGGAAGCCGGAAGAAGUUAGGGAAAGCCGGAAGAAGUUAGGGAAAGCCGGAAGAAGUUAAAGAAAGCUGGAAGAAGCUUGAGAAGCUGGGGGAAGUUGGGAAAAGUUGGGGAAAGUUGGGAAAAGUUGGGAAGAGCUGGGAAGAGUUGGGAAGAGUUGGGGAGAGUUGGGGAGAGUUGGGAAGAGGUGGGAAGAGGUGGGAAGAGUUGGGGAGAGCUGGGAAGAGUUGGGGAGAGUCGGGGAGAGUUGGGGAGAGUCGGGGAGAGUCGGGAAAAGUUGGAAAAAGCUGGAAAAAGUUGGAAAAAGCUGGAAGAAGCUGUAAAAGGUUGGGAAGGUGGGGGAAAGCUGGAAGAAGUUCUGGAAAGCUGGAAGGAGUUAGGGAAAGCUGGAAGAAGCUGGGGAAAGCUGUAAGGAGUUAGGGAAAGCCGGGAGAAACUUGAAAGUUGGGGAAAAGUUGGGAAAUGUUGGAAAGGUUGGGAAAAGCUGGGAAGAGUUGGGAAAAGCUGGGAAAAGCUGGGAAAAGCUGGGAAAAGCUGGGAGAAGUUGGGAAGAGUUGGGAAGAGUUGGGAAGAGCUGGGGAGAGUUGGGAAGAGUUGGGAAGAGUUGGGAAGAGUUGGGAAAAGUUGGGAAGAGUCGGGAAGAGUUGGGAAGAGUUGGGAAGAGUGAGUCGGGAAAAGUUGGAAAAAGCUGGGGAAAGUGGGGGAAAGCUGGGAGAAGUUAAGGAAAGCUGGGAGGAGUUGCGGAAAGCUGGGAGGAGUUAGGGAAAGCUGGAAGGAGCUGGGGAAAGCUGUAAGAAGUUAGGGAAAGCGGAAAGAAACUCGAAAAGCUGGGAAAAGUUGGGAAAAGUUGGAAGAGUUCGAAAAAGUUGGGAAGAGCUGGGAAAAGCUGGGAAGAGUUGGGAAAAGCUGGGAAAAGCUGGGAGAAGUUGGGAAGAGCUGGGGAGAGUUGGGAAGAGUUGGGGAGAGUUGGGAAGAGUUGGGAAAAGUUGGGGAGAGUUGAAAAGAGUUGAAAAGAGUUGGGGAGAGUUGUGAAGAGUUGGGAAAAGUUGGGAAGAGUUUGGAGAAGUUUGGAAAAGCUGGGAAAAGUUCGGAAAGUUGGGAAGGUUUGGAAGUUCAUGAGUCAGAAGCGGAAGGCUGAGAGCUUGGGGGGGUGCUGUCGUUUCUGUCUUCUGCCGUUGUUGUUUUCGUGUGGUGUGCUGUGCUCUCUUUGCUUUUUUCGUGUGCUCUGUUUGCUUUGCUUUUUUCGCGGCUCGGUUGUGCUUUGCUUUUUUUGUGUUCUGUGCUUUGCUUUUUUCGUGUGUUGUGCUUUGCUUUUUUUUUGUGCUGUGCUUUGCUCCUCUCGCGUGUUGUGCUUUGCUUUUUAUUUUUUCCUGCUGUGCUUUGCUUUUUUUUCGUGCUGUGCUUUGCUUUUUUUUUGUGCGGUGCUUUGCUUUUUUUUCCUGCUGUGCUUUGCUUUUUUUUUUGUGCUGUGCUUUGCUUUUUUUUCGUGCUGUGCUUUGCUUUUUUUUCGUGCUGUGCUUUGCUUUUUUUUGUGCUGUGCUUUGUUUUUUUUUCGUGCUGUGCUGCAGUUUUUUUUUUUGGCCCGAAAUGUUUAGUUUAGAUAUAUAUGCAAUAAGCAUAAGUAAAGGAAGAUGUCAUUAAUUACAGGCUGACUUAGUUAUUUACGUAGUGCUAUCGCUAUGCUUCGAAGAAUGAACAUGACGAUCAAUAAAUGAGAAGAUCCUCCUCGACUGGAUGUGAAGAACCUUGAAGCUCUUUAAGGUAGAUCGAGGAAAAGGAUGCGGACGCGCUGAAGCUGUCGCAGCUUGAAUACGAUGACGCUGUGUCGAUGCGCAAGCGUGAGAUCUACGCACGCUUAGUGGAGUUAGGAGGACGAGCGGCCGAGAAUAAGGAUGCAGGAAGGAACAAGGACAAAAGGAAUUAUGGGCGUAGGGAAUUUUUAGAAGAAGAUAUUAUUUAUUAUUCUGUAAAAACAUUAUCUUCUUCCUUUGCAGGGAAUUCAUCAUCUCCAACAGAGUCUGUCAUAUCUGAGAGAGAGAGAGAGCAAGACGGUGGAAAAAGGAGACGCCCAGAUGAUGCUCGAGAUGAUUUCCCUCUCUAACCAAAGAACAAAAGCAAGAACUACAAGGACCAUAAGGAAGGGAAAAGGCAUCAAGGCACCAACAGCAAAGAUGGUAAGGCUAAGGAGAGCAAGAACAAGGAUGUCCACGGUAAAGAAGUGAAGAACAAGGAGGACAGCAAGAACAAGGAAGCUCUUAUGAACAAGAAAGCAUCUUCUAAGAUGAAGCAGACCACGAUGAGCAGGCCUAGCACAUCUAAGAAACUACAAGAGAAGAGUACCAGGAGUAAGAGCUCCUCUGGAGCAACUACUCCUCAAAAAAAGACGCUGCUUAGACACGAUAAUAACGCGAAGGAGAGGAGGCGGACGUCUGGCCAAGCGCCUCAUCGCGAGUUCCUAGAACAAAAAAGUUAAGGCUGUAGACAGUGUUGCUUUUUUUUGUGUGCGUUGUUAGUUUGAUGAUCCUUGCCUAUGCUGUCCUAAGGAUACUUCUUCCAAGUGUCCUAAGGUUGUUUGAUGAUUCUUUUUAGUACCAAUAAUUCAUCCAAGUCCUCGUGUCCUAAGGGUACUUUUUCGAGUCCCAGCAAAAUGAAAAUUGAUCAACGAAUAGGCGGCACUUUGCGUCCUGCGCUAACAAAGUCAGCACGAGAGCAAGGUAGUGAGUCUCGCUGAGGUUGAGGCGGCUGACGAUGCUGACCUAGAAGAAGACAGCUUAGCACUCGAAAUGGAGGAAGUAUUGCAGGAUGUUGACGCAAGACAGUAUCAACUAUUUGAGGAUCAUGCUGAUCAUGGUCAUGGAAUAGAUGUAGGACUAGAUGGAGUAGGAACAACGGGUAUGAAUAACCAUGCUGCUGGAGCAGGAGGACCUACGAUUUCCUUAGUACGCAGUGGUCAGGAAAUGGAGGACGGGUUGCAAGCUUCUAGUAGAAAGAAGCGGUCGGCGGAGCAAGUGAUCACAUCUCUACUGAACAGUGUGACCAAAGCAGAAAAGCUCAUGCUGAGUGACAAUUAUGACACAGGUUUCGACUUUCGAUGUUGUAGCCUAUCUUUUCAUGACGAUCGUCUAUGUCUCCCAAUGCGUGGACGCUACAGAUUGCGGCGGGUUUUUUCUGCAGCCUCCUGGUUGCCUUCGUUACUGUGUAAGUAAGACGAAAGCGCGCGCUUUCUCUAGUUGGCACCGUCGCCAUUUUGAUGGCUCAAGGUAUCAUGUCGCGACCUGCUACGCGCGGUCCUCUGCUUUUACCGUGAGAUGCUUGCGUCAACCCUCAUCCUCUUCUAUUCUAACCUCAAGUCCUGGAGGAUCUGCGCAGUGACACCAACAUGACGCAAGUGGAUGUGACUGUCUUAGCAACGACGAGAGCCGCAGUUGCGAGGACGCCGCAAGAAGUCGACGCAUUGCUUACCUGGGGCCAGAAAUCUACAGGAUCCGUGGAAAAAGACAUCAUCCAGUUGGACUUGAAACAUUUUAUGCAAGUAGAGUGGCCGUGGCCCUAUGAUUAAUGAUGAAAGAACCCUUUUUUUAAAUUUCCACCUUUCAGGAGCAGCAGAUUUAAUUUCUCUCGGAAUAUCUUGAACUCGUCUGGGAAAUCUUAGGCAGCUCGCCGAAUAGAUUCAAUUCGUCAUCUUGAAGAUCAUCAUCUUCGUAGGCUGCUGCACAGUUGUAGAUUAGACGUAUCUCUAUGUGCUGGGCCUCUUCCCCUAGUACUUCACUUACUGUAGCUUCAAAAUCUCCACGACUCCAUCCAUCGUUCAUAUACCUGAACAACGAUCCGAAGAAAAUCACGGGACAUCAGAAUAUGAAGGGGAUUUGGCCGUCAUUUGCAUGGAUGCUGAAAGAGAAGAAAAACUUUGCCCAAUUCAGCCACUUCUUCCUAGUGGAGACUGAUCACUUUAUCGUCUCCCGUACGCAGCUCAACAAGGCUAUUGACGCUAUAGUAUUUUUGUACUUCGUACUAGGACGUCCACUUCGGAGGAUCAUGGUUUUAGCUUUUUUAUAAUGCAGAGGACACAGACUGAAAAAUUUCCACUCCUUUUGGUUAAUAUUCCUUGUGUGUCAUGGUCAUGAAACAAAUAAAGCAAUAACAUCAAUUUUUUUCAACUUUUGAGUUUGAAGAUCAGCACAAAAAACACUCUUGUUACAGGAAGCAGCGGCGCAGAACGGGGGUGGGAACCCUACGGUAAUGAACUUCGGGAAUUCGGUAAUCUUCAACGCUGGAAGCGUCAGCUGCAUGGGAGACAAAUGUUACGGAGGAGAUUGAGUAGUGGUCAGUCUCAGGAGAUUUUUGGGUAGUGGUUCCAAUUUCUGAGUUGGUUCCGCUUUCUGUUGAGUAAAUUAAAAUUAAGUAUAUAAUUUCUGAGUAUAUCAACCUACAACGGAGAAUUUUCUUCUAACGAAUGAGUGAUGGAGUGGGUAAGGUCGCAAAAUAGAUCAAUCUGAAAGAACCAUCAUGAAACUGAAAAAAUCCCUUGUCCACGAUUGCAUUGCUUAUAGAUAGGUGAGGGUGUAGCUUUAAUAUCAGACACUCAGCAUUGUGAUCAUGAGUAUGGAACUACCCUCUAAAAUUCGGAGAGCCUGGGCAAGCUUCAUCCGGAAGCCACAGCGGAACAGGUAGCACAGGAUGAGAGGUCCAAGGAAGUAGGUGGAUGCCCUUUAAGAAAAUGCUAUAUUCUGGCUUUAUAAUUUCAUGUCUCUGUGGUUACAGUCACAGUCUCAGAUUUGAUGGCAUUUUUCAUACAUGAUGCACUCAUGAUGUGUACGAAGAAUGACCGGCUGGUUGUGUGUUUUUUUUUACGGUGUCCAAAGAAAGAUCCAAAGUUUAAAGUAGCAGGAUGAUGAUGAUGAUGAAGAUUUAGUUCUUUUCCAGAUUGGUAAGCGUAAGCGGGAGCUCGACUAGAUCAUCUAAGAGCCAACUUGUGCGAGCUCUUCAAGAACAGGGUCAGUAAUACUGUACCUUAUUACUCUUAAUGUGUGGGAGUGUGUUGAAUUAAUCUUUGCAUGAGCUACGGGAUGAACAGUGCUAGGAAUACUACCGCUCCUUGACUUCGUUUCCUAGAAUGUGCGCCUAGUGGCGGGGGGAACGGUACACCUCGACUUUUUCUUCUAAUCCUCGCUAUCUAUCCUGAAAACAUUAUCAAGGCCUCGUCUCAGUGCCCCCAGGACACGUUUUUGCAACAUCAUUUUGACAACUGGUUGUCAAGUAACUGCAAGGACUCCAGACUCAUCGGCGGGACCGGUUGCGGAGGUGUUAAGGCAAAGAAGACAUGAUAGACAACAUCACCCUACAGCUGUACAUCAUGAUGCUUAGCUUUUUCUUCAAGGAGAAAUCCUCCUCCCGCAACAUCCUACAACAUCAGGACCCUCCUAGGGUUUGGGUAGAAGGGGAGCAUCCUCCUGUUUCAUCCAUAAUGCUUAGCCUCUUCUUCUUCAAGGGCAAAGAAGAGGCUACAACAUCAUGAUCCUCAGCCUCCUUUUCAACAAGUACUAGCGAGUAAGAACUUAUAGUAAAUACUCAUCGAACAAGUACUAGUAGCGAGUCAGAACUUAUAGUAUACUGAUCGUCCCGCUGGUAGUCGAGGAGUACUACUAGGCGGGAUGCCAAUCAGUCAAUAGAAGCAAGUACUAUACUCAUACUACAUAGAGAUCAAUCAAUCAAUAGAACUAUUAACUAGUUGAUCUUGAAUAAAUCUUAGAGGUCUCCAAGGAUAUAGUUCUCGUCAUCCUUAGCCUGUUCUCUUUCAACCUUUCUUCAGAAGAACUAUUCAAGGAUAUCGCGUUGACUCUCAAGGAAGAUGAUGUGACGCAGAUGACGCAGUACUUCCAGAUAAAAACUCUAACUCUUAUUUCUAAGAGACUAGAUUCUAGUAGUGACGUAGAUAGAAACUCGUCUAACAAAGCGGGUACAUGUUUUCAGCUUCCGGCGCCUAAGGAGUGCAAGGCAGAUGGAAAAGAUGAUGCCGAUGGGUUUACCCUCACGAGGCUCAACGCCAAGGAAAAAGAGGGAUCGAUCGAGCAGGAUGAGCCCAAAUUGAUGAACGAGUUAUGGAAAAAAAUUUGAUGAUUUAGAUUGAACUCAAGUUCUUGAUGAACGAGCUAUGAAAAUUUUCGUAUUCGAGGAGUAACAGUAAGUGUACUGCCUGUAGUAAGUAGUGUUGCAGUUGCUAUUGUAGGCAGUGUUACUAUGUUGCUGCAAGAGUAAAAAAUAUCCGCCAGUCACACAGUUGUUACAAGCAACAACAGUAUUGCAGCUAUUACAACAAGUAAGUCAGCGGACUAAAAUCGUUCUCGUAUGAUCCGUAUGAUUAGGUAAGUACGGUGAAACAGCAAACUACAAGGCCGGUCUCUAUCUAAUCGUCCCAGACGGAGCUGCGCGCUAUUUCGAGUCAAUCGCACGAUAUUUCCGUGAAGGGGGUGGCAGAUAUCACUACAAGAAGAGUCUUGUUGCAAUGAGUACCUCUGUCGAGAAAAAACGUGCUUCGGAGGAUGUUCAGGAUGAUUCUGAGCAACAAGCACAAGAUGUUGUUCAACAACUGGGGCAGGAGCAAGCAGACGCAGGACGAGGUGGAAAUGAUAGCGACGUCGAGCAAGACGACCACGACCAGGACCUCCACUUGGAAGACACCUCCUCCGACUCUACAACUAACAAGCUUAUCAAGCUAAGUGAGGCAUCUAGACGCGUGAUGGACGCACCAACGGACACGAUGACGAUUAUGCAUAACCUGAAGUGCGCCGAGUCGCAUCAUGGUGUAGCAUUGCAGAUUCUGCCAUUUAUCGAAGCACAGACAGCGGAAGCAAACACUAAGGCACGAGAUUGAUGCUUGGAUCUUCUGUCUCUGAUAGAUUAAUUUGAGGCAGUCGUCUGUCAGGCUCAGGAUAGGUAGAGGUAGAGCUAGUGGUCGUCUUCACAAAGUCCUAACAACGAUGAUAGUUAAUAUACAUGAUAGUAGUCUUCAGAUGAAAGGUGAAGUUUCGAACCCGCUCUAAAAACAAGAAGCCAGCUCUUGCGGAGAUCGCACGGGCUUCACACGAACACGGCAGGGAAGUUUAUGGAUCAGAGUUGUAUCUAUUAGUUUGAGGAUCAGCAGAUUAAACGCAAUAAGCUCUUCUAAAGAAGCAACCUUAGCUACUUCUUUUAGAGCACUAACUCUAACUUUGUUUGUGAUUUAAAUUUAAAUUCAUUUAAGUUGAUCUUCUUCUUCAUGCUUUUGCACACGCGCACCUCCGAGGAAGACGGGGGCUGAGCCAAGGGAGCCACACGCAUUUUUCUUCCUGCAGAUGCGAGAGCAAGUCAAGUGCAGAGAGCUCACAUCCGGGACCGCCUUGUGUGCAUCCCUACAAAAAAUACCCGUAUAUUAUGAACAUGGUACAGCAACGUCAAUCUCAACCUUUUUUUGGAAAAUAUGGUACUAUAUUUUAGUACAACAAGAACGACACCAGUACUCGCAUGGAUAGGUGUGUGUCUGUGCUCUAAUUCGUCGUCGUUCCGUAGCUCAAAAGAUCUGCUCUAAUCCUCACACCUUUACGCUGUGGCGAGUUGCAUUAGGCGACCGCAUUCACCGCGCGAUCUAUCACCACACCUUGACGGAGUCUCAGUGCAACUUCAAAAGUGAAGACGGCCACACCGUUUGCUCCAAAGCGUUUGACAAAAUCGAAAAGCAGGACUUUUUGGAAGCUGUUACCAUUGGUACUUGUUGUACUUCCUCACUUUGUUUCUAGAGUUUCUUACAUAGAUGAAGCAGGUGUGCGUAUGAGAAUAGUAUUUUUAGAGGAUGAAUAGCAAGACGAGGAAUGAUAAUGAAUGUCUUUGAUGCCUAUUCAGUCCAUUGGGUUUACAUGUGAAGUCCUUUUGUUUCUUAGCCAUCUGGGAACACAAACAGCUAGGAGGAGCUGAACUAGUCUGGAUGGCUGCUCGUUGAAUGAGUUCAUGACCAGCAGUCAACAUACAUCUCAUCCUGAGGAUCCUUCCAUCCUCGAAAACUAUAUGGAAACAACUAAAAGACCUCACAGGUCACAAGGACGAUUCGAAGGAUCCGUGGUCAAAGUGGGUUGGCAAGUUUAGCGUCCCUCACAAGAACUUGGCUUUGCUAGAACACGGGAAAAGAGACAAGGGCAUGCAGGUGAAGAGCCUAUUCGAAGGCGCGAAAGCUCUUUCUCGAGUCGUCAAAAUGAACGUAGACACAGCACAGGACUGGGAAACACUGGAGGAAAACAUUGCGAAAGACGAAGACCUCCUUGGGAAAACGAGGUCUCUGGACUUGCAGGUACUUUGAUAAUACUAGUACAUCGUCUUAUUCGUGUCAUCAUUUUCCUAUGUGAUAGAAAUUGUAGCACAGUGAUAUAAGUACCCACAUCCACGACCCUAGAGUUUGUUUUUCUCUACUGACAAUGACAACCUUUCUUUGCAUACAAAAAUUCAACAAAAUUUCAGUUGAACUUUGCCGCACCGGGUAAGGACCUCAAGGGGUCCGUGCGUGACUGCUUGGAAAAGCGUGUGGCGUUGUUUGAGCGGAUGCUCAGUGUUUUCCCAGUCGCAACGUCCAAUCUCGAAGCACUGCGAAGUGAACUUAUGACGGCAUUGUGUGGCUGCGAUCAUUUUCAUUUGAAGUAGGAGUUACUACUAAGAUGAAGCUCCUUAAAGAAGUUCAACUUUUGACAAAUUAGUAGUUCGGUACUUCGCAAGGGAGUUCCUAGCUAUGGGUACUAUCUGUCCGAAGCCGAUGAGAUUCCUCGUGAUGAUCUGACGUGGUGGAUUCAGUAUAGUUCAUGUUUUUUCACCGUAAAGACGAGUAGCAGUGAUUAGUUCUAAUUUUGAGAAAGGAGACUUGGAGGACGAACCGGCUCUGCACCUGACGGGAGGCCUGAAAGUAGCAGCGAUCGCCGUCAGUCUGGUCAAUCCAAAGGCAAUUUGAGGUCCUUUUUGGGUUCAAAGGCAGAAUAGAUACAGGAGAUCGAGAGUGUCUGAUAAAAAUUGACAUCUAGCGAACUUGAUACAAACGUCGACAUCUAGCGAAUUUGAAAGAAACGACAUCUUUUUAAAUUGCGUUCAGAUUACUUGAAUUUUCAGAGUUAACUCAAAUUAUUUGCAGAAUCUAGCACAAAUCUGUAGGGCAAGAAACAAAGUCUUUUAUGCUUGUGGGCAAGAAACAAAGUGGUACAAGAAACUCAAAAACAAUUUCCAUUUCGCAUUGCAAUUUAUUCAGAAACUAAAACGUGUGUACCAAGUAGAUAAAGAAAAAAUGAGUACAAACUUAUCAUUUUCAAGAACUUAUCAAGUAACAAGAACCUCAAGAUAAAGAAUAAUCUGUGUACAACUAACUAUCAGAAUCCGUGUAUGUGCCGAGGGACCACGGUGGAGGAACUCAAGACAAAAAUCUAGUGAUUUGUAAAGCGCAAUAAGUGGCGUCAAAUUGAAAAACGACGAUGAUGAUUAAAACAUGACAAUGAGCUUCUUAUUCUUUUCCUAUCGGGGGCUGGAGUUUGAAUUAAACAUCUGCUUCACCUAGUACCUGCAGAGUCAUCGCGCAGCAUGUGAUACAUGUCUAGAAAACAAGUAAUAGAGUGCGGCAAUUGUGCCGCUCAUGAUUAUGCAAGUAUUAUCCUACUGUCUCUCAUGUCUGCUCUCAUUUAAAUAACAUGUUUCGUGUGCAUUUGACUUGCUCGUGUCGUAUUCUGUGUACAGCUAAGAAAAGUCGUCGUGCGCAGAUUCUCUGUUCACCGACAUCAUGAAGUAGCUGACAGUCAUUUUUUUGUUUCCAUUUUUUCGCUCGAAUCCAACCGAUCACAAACACAUACAUCAGAUACAGAUUGAUCUUAAUGCAUCACUAUCAAACCAUUACUUUCGCAUUACAGUAGGUUUCUCUAUCUGUGCAUUCUGUACCCAACUUCUCUUCCUGUCCGAAACACUGCUGCCAGGACUGCCAGCAUAGAUCAGAAAUACGC